AUGGUUAACUUACAGGACUACCAUCUACUGCUUAAUGCACCCAUUGGCUAUGCCAAAAAUCCCAUUCAGGCCAAAUUCGAAGUUCCACGCACCGUAUUGGAACCAGAUUACAUUGUAUCGCCGCCUCCAACAGGCUCAAAGACGAUUGACCUCCUACCUCCAGAGAUCCUAGAUAAGGUCACUGGACUUCUCAGCCAAAUAGACACGCUUAGUUUAGCAUGCACUUGCAAGGCGUUAGAGCAGCCGUGCUUGGACCGCUUGUAUUCUAGAGUGGUGGUGGACUCCAAAUACACUCAGUUCAACAAGGAACAUUCUCGCAGCUAUACCUACAUCAACCAACUGUACAGUUUGAAGAAGUUUUUCCAGAGUAAACGGAAACAGACAAUCAAGACCUUAUAUGUAUUGAGUCUACCGGACCUGCUGUGGCUUGGAGAUCCACAGAUGAAGGGCUUGCAGUGUGAAUUCUUCCAAAGUCUUACCAAUCUCCAUGAAUUGGUAUGGCUAGCCAACUUCUUCGAUACCGAGUACUUGGUCCAUUUACCUAGCCAUGAUUUAUUGACCAGACUCGAGCUAAACGUCUCUAGAUGUCAUCUAGAUGAUCGUAGAUAUUCGUUUUGGUUCCCCAAUUUGGAGAUCUUGAGCAUUCGGCCCUUUGCAAGUAAAGAGACGUUAACAAGUUUCAUUCGAGGGUUGCUAGCGCCAGAAAAGUCUGCCACGGCAGGCAGAAGUCUUCAGAGUUUGAAGUUGGCACAAUUCGCCGACGACCCGGCCGUUUUGCUACCUCCAGCACGCUAUUUGUCCAAUCCUCAAGAGUAUUUGGAGGCCACCACCCAUACCAGACAAGACAGAACCAAAUUCGGUGGCGGAAUCCCUGAAGUAAUCCUUGGGAAAGGAGGGCUAAGUGUGUUGAAUGUGUUGACAGCACUUUCCUUAGACAAUAUCUUGGUAUGUGAAGAAGAUGCCCAUCGUAUAGCGAAAGGUGUGAUUCUUCCCCAGCUUCGCCAAUUGGAGAUGAAGAAUGUCUCGGAAGUGGGGGAAUCGCAAGCACCAAAAGUAGGAUUUUUGGGAAUCUUGGGCCCCAAGGUGCCUGGACUACAGCAUCUACGUCUAGACUUCCGAGAAGCGUCACCAGACACCGUUGGACCGUUUUUGAAAUGCGUGAAAAACCUCAAGUCGCUAGAUCUUGUGGUAAGAAUGAAUGAUGUGAAAAAAACCUACGUGGAUGUGGAUAACAUGUAUGUGGACUAUGGCGAAACCAUUGGACGUUUGCAACAAUUGGAACAUCUCUGUGUUGAAGUGAGAGUGGAGAUGGAGUUGCUAGAUAAAACACAACCAACGCCGGUGUUGAUGCUCGAGGCGUUCACGCAGUUAGCCAGCCUACGCACAUUAAGACUCAACGGAAACGAGGGAGCUCAUGCUGUGGAAACGUUUCUCGAUCUCUUGCGAGCACUUCCUCAAUUGACCAUGCUUGAUGUGUUUGGGAAAUGGGCUGGAGGCCCACCUAAUUUGGGGUUAGGCAUGGUGCAUCCAAAUGUGUUUGACAGCUGGUUCAAAGUGCAGCACGUCGCUCUACUCUAUUGGCGGGUCCAGAGUCUGCUCAAGUACAUUCGCAUCCGGGAGUGUGUUUUCGAAGUCCGAGACGGGGUUGCCAAUCCACGGAACCAUCUCGACCGGUGGUUCGACUCUCAAAUCCGGCCGGGCUGGGGCGACGAGUUCACUGCCACUUGGUGA